AUGUUCGGAAGGACACCGAAUUUGCGUUAUCCGCUGUGGCGCUGGACAGUGGGUUGGCUUGCUGUUGGCACUGCUGUAUCGGGCUAUAUCACCUACAAAUUGCACUACAAUGAUGCAGUCGUCCGUAGGCAGAGAUGGGAGAACUUCUUCAGGUAA